CAAAGUUGUGUCAAGUUCAAUUUUGUCAGUUGAGUUUGAUUUGUUUUUCGUGUGCUUUUUUAUUAUUGUAUGUUUUUACAUAUAAUCAUGAUAUAUUGAACAAUAGUUAAUAUGGAUAAUGAAGAAAUCGAUUCACAGUUUAUAGCCGAGAAUAUCGGCUUCUUAGACAAUUGUUUCGACAAUUCGUUUGUGUUACAAACUUCUUUGCAAGUUGUAAAAGAUCAUGCUGCAGAAAAUGAAGUUAAUCCUGGAAAAAGCAAGAAGAAAGGUACGGAUAAUAGCAAUUUACUACAGACAACUAGGACAUCCCUCGAUGCCACGCAAAUUAUUCCAGUUAUAUCGCAACUUGGGGAAAAUAAUAAUAAAUUAAAGAAUUGGGGAUUACCACCUGAAAUAACAAAAAAAUACAAAGAUAGGGGUAUUACAGAAAUGUUUGAGUGGCAAGUGUCUUGUUUAAGUAAUUCAAAAGUGCUGUUUGAUUGCUGUAACUUAGUAUAUUCUGCUCCAACAUCUGCAGGCAAGACUCUUGUUGCAGAAAUACUUACUAUUAAAACUAUUUUGGAAAGGCAGAAAAAGGUAAUUAUUAUUCUGCCAUUUGUUUCCAUAGUUAGAGAGAAGAUGUUUUAUCUGCAAGACAUACUGUCUAGUUCUGGUAUUAGAGUGGAGGGGUUUAUGGGAUCUCAGUCACCACCUGGAGGCUUACAAGCAGUUCAUGUUGCCAUUUGCACUAUUGAAAAGGCUAACAGCUUAGUAAACAAACUACUUGAUGAAGGAUCUAUUGCAGAGUUGGGAGCUAUUGUUGUUGAUGAACUGCAUUUACUGGGUGACCCAAGUCGGGGAUAUAUUUUAGAAUUGCUUCUUACAAAAAUUAAAUAUGUUUCAUCAAAGUCAGAUGAUGUUCAGAUACAGAUUGUUGGAAUGUCUGCUACAUUACCUAAUCUAGAAAUGCUGGCUAAUUGGUUGGAUGCUGAGUUAUUUAUUACGCAGUUUAGACCAAUACCUCUCGAUGAGUUCUGUCUUAUAGGAUCGAAAUACUAUGAUAAGCAAGGAAAGCAUAUAAACACGAUUGACGUACAACUAACAUCUGAAGGAGAUAAUGUUUUAAAUAUUUGCCUGGAUACAAUAAAAGAUGGAUGUUCCAUACUCAUAUUUUGUAUGACCAAGAAUUGGUGUGAAAGCUUAGCACAGUCUAUUGCAGCUUCAUUUUAUAAAAUAGGAUGUGAAGAAAGUGAGGCUGGACAUAUUUUAAGAAAUCAGUUAAAAACUGAUAACAUUCAAGAGGUCUUAGAACAGCUUAAAAAUUCUCCUGUAGGGCUAGACCAAGUAUUGAAGAAAACUAUCUCAUUUGGGGUUGCAUAUCACCAUGCUGGACUCACAUUUGAUGAGAGAGACAUUGUUGAAGGUGGAUUCAAAUCUGGGGCGAUAAGAGUCUUAGUAGCUACAUCAACACUAAGCUCAGGAGUCAACUUACCGGCAAGAAAAGUCAUCAUCAGGUCUCCUGUAUUUUUAAGACAACCCAUUAACAUAUUAACUUAUAAGCAAAUGAUAGGUAGAGCAGGAAGAAUGGGCAAAGACUCAAAGGGAGAGAGUAUUUUAAUUUGUACAGAGGCAGAAAAGAAAAUUGGUUUUGAUUUGAUGAUGGGGUCAUUAGAACCAGUAAAGAGUUGUAUUGAAAGUGAAGAUAAAUAUAUGAGAGCAGUGCUAGAAAUGAUAGCAAGUCAAGUGGUAUCUUCAAGAGAUCAGUUAGAUUUGUAUUCCAAAUGUACUUUGCUGUACAAUCAACAGGACUGUUCAGCAACCCAAAAUAUUCUCUUGGAAAACACAUUGGAUGAACUAAUCAAUUUUGAAUUGGUAAGAGUUCAAAAAGAAGGGGAUAACGAACAUUAUGUAGCAUCGCCUUUAGGAAAGGCCUGCCUUUCUUCAUCUAUGGCACCCAAUGAUGGUUUAUCUUUAUUUUGUGAGCUACAAAAAGCUCGCCAGUGUCUAGUGCUUGAGACAGAUUUACACCUUAUCUACUUGGUAACACCAUACAGUGUUAGUAGUCAGUGGGGUAAUAUUGACUGGAUACAUUUGCUCACACUUUGGGAGUCCCUAACCAAAGCCAUGAAAAGAGUGGGGGAACUUGUUGGUGUGCAAGAAAGCUUUAUCAUAAGAUGCCUUAGAGGUGCUAAUAAAUCAAGUAAUGUUCAAAAUAAAGUAAAUAUACAUAAAAGGUUUUAUACAGCCCUGGCCCUGCAAGACUUAGUUAACGAGGUUCCAUUGGCAGAAGUAGCCAACAAGUUCCAAUGCGCCCGAGGAUUUCUGCAAAGCCUGCAGCAAGGAGCAGCAACAUUCGCUGGUAUGGUCACAGCCUUUUGUCGUCAGCUGGGCUGGAAAAAUAUGGAGAUGUUAAUAUCACAAUUUCAAGAUCGCCUCCAUUUUGGAAUUCACUCAGAAUUGCUUGAGUUAAUGAGAUUGCCAUCUCUAAACGGAAUGAGAGCAAGAACGCUGUUUGACUCAGGCUUUGAAUCAAUCUCCAGUAUCGCUUCGGCCGAUGCGAAUAUUAUUGAAAAUAUUCUGCAUAAGUCUGUACCCUUCCAAAGCGAGAAAGUAGGGGAAGAAGAUGAUUGCGACGAUAUAAGGAAGCGUAACAAAAUAAAAAGUAUAUGGAUAACUGGUUAUUGUGGUAUAACUACGAAAGAAGCCGCAGAAAAUUUGAUAGCAGAAGCUAGAAAUUAUCUGUCGCUUGAAAUCGGUGUCGCGGAAAUUAAGUGGGAUUCCAAAUCUUCCAAGAUAGAUUCUCUGGACAGAACACAAAUCAAUGAUGGGAAUGAAUCGUCUACUAAAAGUACAGAACCAGAACAUGUAAAUACCUGUGAAGGUAAAAUAAGCCAAGCAGGAGGAAUUAUGAGCUCCUCAUUUCCUAAAAGUCAAACAAAGAGAGUGAAAGAUGUUUUAGAAAUAUCACAUGUACGGAAACGUUUAGAUUCAGCUUGCUGCAGUGAAAUCAACAAAAAUGAACCAUCUAUAAGCGUUAACGUUGUAACACAAAACGAAGCGGUUUCGAGCUUAAAAAGCAGUCCUAGUGUUACUGAUAAAGAUGAGAUCAUAUGGGAUUCCUUAAAUUUUACUGAAGCUGGUUUGAGUAAUAUGACAAAAUUACGCACAUCUGACAAGAUGUUUUCACCAAAUAUCAGUUUUGGCGAGAUCGAAGACAAUGUUGAAGCAAAAACUGAUGGCGGGCAUGACCAUGUGAACUCUUCUAAGCACAUGUCAACGAAAGAUCUUAGUUUAUUCUCUUCGGAAGGUGACAAUUCAAGUUUGUUUGAAGAAAGCUUACCUAUAGAUUUAAUAAACACAAACUUACUCGUACAAGAACCUGUAGCGCUGCGUAGACAGGAGUCCGACUUCGGUUAUUCUAGUAUCAAUUCGAACACAAUUGUUAAUGCGUUCCAAUCGACUUUAGUUGAUGAUGAUAAUGAAGAUAUCAGGCUAGUUUAUGAAGACGAUAAAGUAACAGAUAGUGAAUUGACGGAAAAAACUAACAAAUCAAAUGAAGUGAUUACACAAGUAAAUGGAAACUCGAUCCCAUCAAAACGCAGAAAAAAUGCCAAUAAAGAAGAGCAUGUAAAAAAGAAGAAGAAAAAAGAUGAAUUUGAGUUUUAUUCAUUUACAAAAUCACAGAAUUGUGGAUCUUGCAGUAGGCUAUAUCUAAAAUGUUCUUCGUCGAAAACAUUUACUAUGGAAUUUCAUAACUAUAAAAUUAAUUGUUUUGUAUUAAGAGAAGAUGAUCUCGUGUUGCAUUUCGAUUCAUUUCACAGAUUCCGCUUUGCAGCUAUGUGCUUCAAUGUAAAUGAAUCGAUUUUAGCUAGUAAUGAAAUAAUCGGUAGUAGCGUAGUAAACAUAAACAAAAAUAUGAAAAAUAAGGAAAAUUUAAAAUAUGACUGUCCAAUUAAAGGGAUAGCCAUAUACUUUAGCGAAGACUUGUGUGUCUAUUUAGACCUAACGACAAUAAAGGAUAUGAAAUGUUUCGAAUAUAAAUUUUGUAACUGGAUUUCUACUACGUAUAACUUUAAGGUACUGUGUUCUAAAACCGUGUGUUUAUACUUAAAACGCUGGUCUAACAUGGAACGACGGAUUCAUUCAAAAUGCGUUGACAUAUCAUUAAACGAAUGGUUACUAGAUAGUAGUGAAAAAGUUCCCGAUGUUGAUUACUUGAUGAAAAAAUAUUAUGGCUUGGAUAAUAAAAGGAUGUUACUAAAAAUUGACAGUCAGCAGAAACGGUAUAAGAAUCUGGAAAGUUUUGAAAAAUGGUGUAUGAAAGUAUGGUCCAUAUGGCAACUUGCGGAGUACCAGGAGAAACAAAUUGCCGAAUCUAUUAAACCUGCUCGAAAUAUUACCGAUAUCGAAAACAAAAUUGCGCAAAUUCUGGCUAACUGCGAGUAUUACGGAAUCACUGUAGACAAGGAUCUCGCUUCGAAACUUUUGAUUGAUGUGAAAAUUUCUCAAGAAACUUUGCAAAAGAAGGCAUACAAACUUUGCGGAUAUCAUUUCAACUUUAACUCUUCGAAAGAUGUUGCCAAGGUUUUAGGGCUAUAUAAUGGGCGUAAAGUGAGCACAAAGAAAAGCGUGUUAACUUCGCACAACACUCCGAUGUCAAGUAUUGUUAUUUAUUGGAGGAAGCUUAAUUCUAUAUUGACUAAAACUUUGUACCCUCUGACGGAGAAAGCUUGUAUGUACAGCGAGGGAGAUAGGAUAACUCCUUCUUACACAAUGUUCACUUGUACGGGCCGCAUCAGUAUGCACGAACCGAACCUACAAAACGUACCGCGAACAUUUUCCAUCCCUUCAGAAUACCUAUCUUUGAACUCGGAUAAAUGUGAUGACGUUGUAGAGUUCAACUGUAGGAAUAUAUUCAAAGCAGCCCCCGGUUUUGUGAUUGUGUCGGCGGACUAUUGUCAGCUGGAAAUGAGAAUACUCACGCACUUCAGCAAAGACCCCGUGCUGACGGAAAUUAUGAACUCUGACAUGGAUGUGUUUAAGUCUAUCGCUGCGACUUGGAGUAACGUGUCAGAGGAGGAGGUUGACGACGAUCUCCGGCAGAAAGCUAAACAGCUUUGUUAUGCCAUCAUAUACGGGAUGGGAACGAAAACAUUGAGUCAGAUUCUCGAAGUUUCGGAGACGGAGGCAGCAGUGUUCAUGUUCGAUUUCUAUAAAACUUAUCCAGCGGUGAAAGCGUUCACGCAGUCUGUCAUAGAAGAUUGCAGAAAAAAUGGCUAUGUUGAAACUCUCACUAAGCGCCGAAGAUAUUUGCCUGAUAUCAAGAGCACGAUUAUUUCUAAAAAGAAUGCUGCCGAGCGUCAAGCAGUGAAUACAAUGAUACAGGGAUCAGCAGCGGACAUAGCUAAAGCUGCCAUGUGCACUAUAAACAACAAAUAUGACUUCUUCAGCCUGGUUCCGGAACCACGGCUGAUACUGCAGAUGCACGAUGAACUUAUAUACGAAGUGCCCGAAGUCAGCCAACACAGAUUCAUAGGCACGUUGAAGGAAGUCAUGGAGAAAACCAUUAAAUUAAACGUACCUUUACCUGUCAAAGUCAAGACUGGACUCACUUGGGGAUCAUUAAAAGAAAUCAAGUUUAUUUAAUGAAAUACUGUGUUCGUAAAGUCUGUAUACUGUGAUAUUUUAUUCCGGUCACGUGAUAUUUUAAUACCCUAAUGUAAUUCGGUUUUAUAGACAAUAAACUAUAAAAUGUA